AUGGCUGCUGUGCCAAAAUUCAGUUGUUGCUGCUGCCAAGGAGGAGGGCUGGGUCCCCACUGGGGCUGGAGUCCAGUUCCCCAUGGGUGCUGUUGCGGCGUUGAGGGAGGAGGAGGAGGGUUGGGAGGAGGCGAGGUUGACAAUGGGAGUGCGGAGUCUGACUUCAGUAUCAAUGAUCCACUGUUCAACGGAGGCGAGAUCAGCCAUGGGAUUGGCUUCAGUAAAGGCGUGAAGGCGGGAUUCAUAGUCUGGGGUGAGGUUAAAAAGGAGGCGGUGGAUUUGGAGGGGUUCGGAGAGGCCGGCUUGGCGGGCUUCGAGGCGAUCAGCUACCUCUCUCAUGCGUCCGACAUAGUCAACCGCUCCGUCACAGAUGACCGAGGCACGGAGUUCCCGAGCCUGGAAGCGGCGCAUGAGGGAGUCAGGGAGAGCACCAAGGAGAACGGUGCAGGCGCGGGUGUCAGCAGCUGUCCAGGCGAUAAGUUUUGGGGUGAAGGCAGCCAUGUCGUCUUUGUAUUUGGCGACAAUGGCGAGGUGAGCAUUGCGGCCAGCAACCGCCUGGUCAUAGGCGUCAACUGCUGCAUCGUACUCGGCUUUGCGGAUAAGUGGUCACGGAGGAGAGCGGCGCGGGCGGCAGCGGCUGGCGAGGCCGCGGCGGCGUUGGCGCGGAGGCGGUGUCGAGGCCGUGGAGGGGAGUGGCGCGGGCGGCAGCGGCUGGCGAGGCGGCGGCUGCACUGGCACGGAGGCGGCGUCGAGGCCGCGGAGGGGAGUAGCGCGGGCGGCAGCGGCUGGCGAGGCCGCGGCUGCGCUGGCGCGGAGGCGGCGUCGAGGCCGCGGAGUGGCGCGGGUGGCGGCGGCUGGCUAGGCCGCGGCGAGGCGGGCGCGGAGGCGGCGUCGGGGCCGCGGAGGGGAGCGGCGCGGGCGGCGGCGGCUGGCGAGGCCGCGGCUAGGCAGGCGCGGAGGCGGCGUCGGGGCCGCGGAGGGGAGCGGCGCGGGCGGCAGGCGGCUGGCGAGGCCGCGACUGCGCUGGCGCGGAGGCGGCGUCGAGGUCGCGGAGUGGCGCGGGCGGCGGCGGCUGGCGAGGCCGCGGCGAGGCGGGCGCCGAGGCGGCGUCGGGGCCGCGGAGGGGAGCGGCGCGGGCGGCAGGCGGCUGGCAAGGCCGCGGCUGCGCUGGCGCGGAGGCGGCGACGAGGCCGCGGAGGGGAGCGGCGCGGGCGGUGGCGGCUGGCGAGGCCGCGGCUGCUCUGGCGCGGAGGCGGCGUCGAGGCCGCGAAGUGGCGCGGGCGGCGGCGGCUGGCGAGGCCGCGGCGAGGCGGGCGCGGAGGCGGCGUCGGGGCCGCGGAGAGAAGCGGCGCGGGCGGCAGCGGCUGGCGAGGCCGCGGCGAAGCGGGCGCGGAGGCGGCGACAAGGCCGCGGAAGGGAGCGGCGCGGGCCGCAGCGGCUAGGGAGGCCGCGGAGCUGUGGAGGGAAAGGGCGCUAAAGGGGGGGGAGGGCGGCAGGAUAGCCGCGAGGAAAAGAAAAAAAAAUGAGGGAGGAGGCCGGGGGUUGCGGCGGCCGGGUGGGCCUUUGAAACGAAUCGAAGCCUACCCCAAGGCCACAGCAGUUCUUGUCAGGAAUCACGGCGUGUACAUCUGGGGGGACAACUGGAUCCAGGCCAAGACACAGGCGGAGUGCUACCAUUACCUCUUUGACGCGGCUAUCAGGAUGCAUCAGAUGGGGAUCAACCCCUGUGACCCUCUUCACCUUCCCGCUGCGGCUGCUGCUGCCGCUCCUGCUGCUCUUGCUGCUACUUCUGGUGGCAAGACCUUUCCGAGAGCAGUACCACCACCACCUCAUCUCCUUCCCAAUUCCCAUACAUUCCCCUCCGCUCUCCGCUCCCCGCAUCCCCCACCUCCCCGCAUCCCCCACCUCCCCGCUUCCCCCACCUCCCCGCUUCCCCCAUUCUGCAGAGAAGUUCAUAGUGCUGGACAUCGAGGGCACCACCACUCCCAUCUGCUUCCCCAACCAACACCCACCCACGCCCUUCUCUCCUCUCCCUCCCAUCUUCCACCCACUCGGCAGAAGUUCAUAGUGCUGGACAUCGAGGGCACCACCACUCCCAUCUCCUUCGUCUCCCAGGUGCUCUUCCCCCCACCACCAGGUGCUCUUCCCCCCACCACCAGGUGCUCUUCCCCCACCACCAGGUGCUCUUCCCCCACCACCAGGUGCUCUUCCCCCCACCACCAGGUGCUCUUCCCCCACCACCAGGUGCUCUUCCCCCACCACCAGGUGCUCUUCCCCCACCACCAGGUGCUCUUCCCCCCACCACCAGGUGCUCUUCCCCCCACCACCAGGUGCUCCUCCCCCCACCACCAGGUGCUCUUCCCCCCACCACCAGGUGCUCUUCCCCCCACCACCAGGUGCUCUUCCCCCCACCACCAGGUGCUCUUCCCCCCACCACCAGGUGCUCUUCCCCCCACCACCAGGUGCUCUUCCCCCACCACCAGGUGCUCUUCCCCCCACCACCAGGUGCUCUUCCCCCACCACCAGGUGCUCUUCCCCCCACCACCAGGUGCUCUUCCCCCACCACCAGGUGCUCUUCCCCCACCACCAGGUGCUCUUACCCCCACCACCAGGUGCUCUUCCCCCCACCACCAGGUGCUCUUCCCCCACCACCAGGUGCUCUUCCCCCACCACCAGGUGCUCUUACCCCCACCACCAGGUGCUCUUCCCCCCACCACCAGGUGCUCUUCCCCCCACCACCAGGUGCUCUUCCCCCACCACCAGGUGCUCUUCCCCCACCACCAGGUGCUCUUCCCCCACCACCAGGUGCUCUUCCCCCCACCACCAGGUGCUCUUCCCCCACCACCAGGUGCUCUUCCCCCACCACCAGGUGCUCUUCCCCUACACCAAGGCCACGUGGGGCAGCACCAGAGAGACAUGUUCGUUUCCCCCGAGGCACAAGCCCACAUGCUGCUUCUGCGCGCCCAGAUCGACCCCCACCUCUCUCUCACUCACCCCCUCCCUUUUCCCCCCCCCACCGUCCCAGGAGGCGGUGGUGGGGUCCUCUUCCCGUAUGCCAAGGCACACGUGGGGCAGCAUCUGCUUGACACCUUCAACACACCUGAAACUCAAGCAGACAUGCUGCUGCUGCACGCUCAGAUCGACGAAGACGUCAAAUCCUCUGUCCCCGGCGCCGAACCUGUCCCACCCCUGGAGGCCGGGAAGGAGGCAGUGGUGGGGGCGGUGGAGCGGAACGUAGCGGUGCUCUUCCCGUACGCUAAAAGCCACGUGGGGCAGCAUCUGCUUGACACCUUCGACACACCUGAAACUCAAGCAGACAUGCUGCUGCUGCGGGCACAGAUCGAAGAAGACAUAAAAUCCUCUGUCCCCGGUGCCGAGCCCGUGCCACCCCUGGAGGCCGGGAAGGAGGCGGUGGUGGGGGCAGUGGAACGGAACGUGGCGGCGAUGAUAGCGGCGGAUAGGAAGGUGACGGCGCUGAAGCAGCUGCAGGGGCAUAUCUGGCGGGGCGGGUACGAGAAGGGCGAGCUGAAAGGAGAGUUCUUCAGCGAUGUGCUCACGGCGCUGACCCAGUGGCAAGCUGCUGGCUGCAAGGCAGCAGUCGAGAGGAACGUGGCGGCGAUGAUAGCGGCGGACAGGAAGGUGACGGCGCUGAAGCAGCUGCAGGGGCAUAUUUGGAGGGGCGGGUACGGGAAGGGCGAAUUGAAAGGAGAGUUCUUCAGUGACAUGUUCACUGCUCUCACCCAAUGGCAUGGUGCCUCAUUCUCUGAUCUACAUCUAUUCGAGUGGCAGCAGGGAGGCGCAGCACCGCAUCUUCUUUUGAGGCGCCUCAAAAGUCCUCUCCCCCCCUCCCUCCCCCCGCAACACCACCCCCCCCCCCUCCUCUUCCCCACUCCAUAUCAGAUCUACAUCUAUUCGAGUGGCAGCAGGGAGGCGCAGCACCUCAUCUUCGGCUAUUCCAAUAGGCUCAGGCCGCCAAGCAAGCAGGUGGGUGAUAAUAGGCAAGCAGAUGGGCAGGGGUGGGUGUGCAGCUACUUGGAGAUUGAGCUUUCUCUGGGUGCUGACUCCCCGUCACACAACACCUUCUUCACCGACGUUCUAGAGGAGGCACAGGCCGCCAAGCAAGCAGGUCUGCAGGCGGUGCUGCUCUCUCGCCCGGGCAAUGGCGCCCUGCCUGCGGACCCUGGCUUCCCUGUGCUCACCUCUCUCACCGACCUCUAG